AUGUUUCAGCCAAUUAAAUGUAAGGCUGCUGUAGCAUGGUCACUGGGUAAGCCUCUAUCUAUUGAGACAAUAGAAGUUGCUGUUCCAGAGAAAGACGAAGUUCGUGUGAAAAUAAUAUCUACUGGUGUUUGCCAUUCAGAUGAAAGUUUCCUUAAUGGAUUUGAUCCCAAACAAUACUUUCCUGUUCUUUUGGGCCAUGAAGCAGCCGGAAUCGUAGAAAGUGUUGGAGCAGAAGUGAAAUCAAUACGACCCGAUAGUAAAGGUCUGACUGACAUACCAAAAAUGGUGGACGAGUAUUUGGAAGGAAAACUUCCUACAGAUAAUCUGAUUACUCAAGUGAUUUCUUUAGAUGAUAUUAAUAAAGGAUUUGAUUUCUUAAAAACUGGCGAAUCAUUGAGAACUAUCGUUCUUAUGAAACACGAGAAUUUGAGUGUACCUGAACAAACUCCAUUCACAGCAGUUUUGAAAUUUGCAGCUGAAGAGUUUAAAGUUCCUCCAGCUACAAGUGCUAUUAUUACAGAUGAUGGUGUUGGCAUUAAUCCAUCGCAGACAGCAGAAAUAAUGGAAUGUGAAUCAGUAUUGUUUAGGGUCUGA